AUGGCUAUUACAAGUCAUAUCAUAAAUGUAUUUUGCAAGGUGUUACUAGAAGCACAGAAAGAAUUGGUGGACUACAAAGGACUCGGUAUAAGUGUUCUUGAAAUGAGCCAUCGGACCUCAGAUUUCACAAAGAUUUUAAACACAGCUGAAAAUCUCAUGCGUGAAUUACUGAAUAUACCAGAAAACUACAAAGUUAUUUUCCUCCAAGGAGGUGGAUCUGGUCAGUUCAGUGCGGUCCCACUGAAUCUCAUUGGUUUAAAGGAGGGAAGACAAGCAGAUUAUGUGGUUACUGGAGCUUGGUCAGCAAAAGCAGCUAAAGAAGCAGAGAAGUAUGCCAAAGUGAAUAUCGUUCAUCCAAAACUAGGAGCCUAUACAAACAUUCCUGACCCAAGCACUUGGAACCUUAAUCCAGAUGCAUCUUAUGUCUAUUACUGUGCUAAUGAGACUGUACAUGGUGUGGAGUUUGACUUUGUACCUGAUGUCAAAGGAGCAGUCUUGGUUUGUGAUAUGUCAUCAAACUUCCUGUCCAGACCUGUGGAUGUUUCCAAGUUUGGUGUGAUUUUUGCUGGUGCUCAGAAGAAUAUUGGCUGUGCUGGAGUUACUGUUGUAAUAGUACGUGAGGACUUGCUGGGAUUUGCACUGAAGGAAUGCCCUGUAGUACUGGAUUACAAAACACAAGCAGUGAAUGGCUCUUUGUAUAACACUCCACCCUGCUACAGUAUUUAUAUCAUGGGAUUGGUGCUGGAAUGGAUAAAGAAUAAUGGCGGAGCUGCAGCUAUGGAUAAACUUAGUUUAAUCAAAUCACGAACGAUUUACGACAUUAUAGACAAAUCUAAUGGAUUCUAUGUAUGUCCAGUGGAGAAGAAGAACCGAAGCAGAAUGAAUGUCCCUUUCCGUAUUGGCAGUAUUAAGGGCGAUGAAGCGCUGGAAAAGAAGUUUCUGGAGAAAGCGGUGGAACUUAACAUGAUAUCUCUGAAGGGGCAUCGAUCUGUGGGAGGAAUCCGUGCCUCUUUAUAUAAUGCGGUGACCGUGGAAGAUGUUCAGAAGCUUGCAACGUUCAUGAGAAGCUUCAUGCAGAUGAACCGGUCAUAAAUGCCUGUGGGCUAUGGCCAUACUGCACAUCUGUGAUAUAAAAGCUAAAGGGUUUGAAAGUUACUGUGGUACUGCACAGCUGUAGCGCACGAGUUAUAUUUUCUUUUAGUUCUUGUAGCUGUUUUAGUUAACUGCAUGGGAUUGAGGCUCAGUCUUGCAAUGACUUGUCAGCCUUGGCUUCACUGUCCGGUGAGGAUCCCCAGACUGAUCAAGAUAGGUUCAAAAAUUUACAGAACAGUAUUAUCAAUGUGUAGUUAAAUAGUGAGUAGCAUUGUAAGAUGCUAUGGAUCU